AAGUCCCUCCGAGAGCAGUCAAAUGCACAAGGAAAGUCGCGUAACGACAUUUAAAUGUUUACUUAAAAUAAUAUCUGGCAAAACAAUCUCUUAAUGUGUUCUAAAUUCUUAUUAUAUGUCGCUGUGACACUGAGGGAGUUGCGAGCGAGACUGUGCCAGUGAAAUGGCAUUAGUACUUACAUGAACGGGAUCUCUCGACAGCUGCGCUUCGUCGGUCAGUAAGCGUGCUUCAACGCUGUUCAAGCCGAAGGUUGACGAAAAUGAAUUUGUUUCUUUUCGGUACUCUGUUGUCCGUUCAUUGGAUUCUGACAUCAGCUCUUGAGAUAUUAGACUGGCCGCCUCUAAACUGUACACAAGAGGGUCUGAGAUGCAGCGCAAAUAUAAAUAAUUGCUUGGAAAAGGGCUGGUUAAAGCCCAGGCAGUACACCCCUACAGGUCCAAAGGACCUUAAGGUUCAAGUGAAGCUCAGAGAAGAUGAGAACAGGAACCUGGUGCCAGUGAUUGCGGUGAACUGGACUGCACAGGCUGAUGGAAGCAUUAAAUUCAUGAGCGGCACAGAGGUACACGUGUUGAAAAUGUCUUCCAACCAGUACCUUUGUGUUCAUUACAUUUUUCACAACAAAAUGCCUAUGAAGAAAUCGAUGGAUGAAUGGUGGUCAUUUUUUCUGGACAGAGUGGUGGUGGACCCUGGGCAGAAAUAUGUGGUCUCUGUCUAUAACCUGCCCAAACCAAAUAUAGGGCAUGACACUUACCAUGUUUCUGAAUCUAUCACCAUUCCAGGGUGUGAAGAUGCAAUGGUACAGAGAACCACAGGGUGUAUAAAGACUGGAUCUCAGUGGAAGUCCAACAUUAGCUUGGAGAGAUCCAAAGGACAAGAUGGUAAAGCAGCAAUCACUGUGGGCUUCAACACGGAUGAGUUCUCUGAGGACUACAGAGUUUCUGCCCGGUGCGACGGUGACAAAGAGUUCCUGCUCAUCUCCAAGCGGAAUCAGACUUCACUGAAAGUGACAUUCGCACUUGACAAAUGGCGACGAACAUGUUGCAUUUUUGAAGUGGAGGUCCAGCCAUUUUUUGAGCUGUGCCGCAAUGACUGCAUCCGACACAGCAGAAAAAAUAUUAACAUCUGUGAAACCAGAGCAACAGAACCACCCAGAAGGCCCACGGACACAACAAACCUCACAGUUGGCAUUAUUUGUGCUCUGGGAUUUUUGCUGGGUUGUGGUGUGGCUGGUUGUAUCUGUUUACAGUACAGAAGACGGCGAAAAGAUCCCAUUGUGGCAAAAAUAUCCCCACAAGAUCAAAAAGACCAACCAGACGAACCCCAUGGCCCGAGGAAAGUGCUCAUCAUCUACUCUCUGGACCAUCCUCUGCACAAAGACGUCGUGCUCAAGCUGUGUGCCUUCCUGCGGGCCAAGUGCGGCACCGACGUGGUCCUGGACCUGCUGGACACCGCGUGGCUGGGCACCCUGGGCCGCAUGCAGUGGCUGGACUGGCAGAAGCAGCAGAUCGAGAAAUCGUCCGACAAGAUCCUGAUCCUCUGCUCGCGGGGCGUGCGGGCCAAGUGGAGGGCCAUGUGCGGGGCCAGCAAGGUGACCCUGAAGGAGGACGCCCGCUCCCCCAUGGGGGACAUGCUCACCCCAGCCCUGAGCCUGAUCAUCCCGGACUUACUGCACGCAGCAGCAUUCGAAAAAUACAUGGUGGCUUACUUUGAUGACGUGAGUUGUGAGGAUGAUGUCCCUGCCCCGUUCAACAUCACCAUCAAGUACAAGCUGAUGAAGCACUUUGAGGAGCUCUACUUCCGAAUCAUUGACAAAGAAAAACAUGAACCAUGGAGAAUAAACCACGUUGAAGGCAUAGCUGAGGAUGAAUACUUCAAAUGUCCCUCGGGCAAAGCCCUGAGGGACGCUGUUGAAGCUUUCCACGCCUAUCAGUUGGAGAAUCAAGACUGGUUUGAAAAGGAGUGUGUGGACAGCGAAGAGGAAGUGGCAGAACCUGACUUGCAGCACCCUCUUCUUUCAGACACGUCCCGCAUCCCUGUUCUACAGUACGUGCCUGAGUGCAGGGAAGGACCCCCAGUCCUCGUCAGUGGGAUCGAAGUCAAUGACGACUCCAAGCAUGUUCAGUCAUUAAUCCCCCUUCUGAACAGCGGAGGGGAGAGGGUUUCCACCCAUGAAAUUCUUCCAGGGGUUCACCCGGAGCAGAGCCAGGUGCACUGCUUACAUCCAGAAGUGAGGGUCACCCCGGGUGCCCCAAAUGCUGCUGUCCAUCUCUCAGCAAUUCAAGGGCACCGGUGUGUCAAUACAGAACCUGUCCUGCAGUACUCGCCAGCCGAGAAGGGGAGCAGGCUGUGUCCGCUGGAGGAACCAGCAGGGGAGAGCUGCCCGGUGGAAGAUGAGGAGGAGCCCCACACCUCCUGCAGCCCACCUUCACUGGAAGCUCUUGAGCGCCUGAGGGCCCUCCAGCAAUCCCUGGUUCCUGUCAUUCAACCCGCCUCAGAGUGCGUGGAGGAUGAGUUCAUUCAGUACAACACGCAGGCGAAUACUGAAUGGGCGCAGAAGGUGGAGGUACGCCAGAAAAGAGAAUCCAGUGGAUCAGACCAGGGUUACAUCUCCAGGUCCUCCCUCCAGCAUGGCUCCACACUCGGAGAUGACUCCCAGGACCCACUGGUGGCUCUCUCUAGACUGCAGGAGGCAUGCUUCCUUAACAGCCUCAGACCCUCUGGCUGCUUUCCUAAUAAGCCAGGACCUGAACAUAAGGGGGAGUCGCUAUAG